UUGUGUCCAUAAUAACAAAAUUUAGUUGCUUGCUUGUUUGUCUUUAUCCUAUUUUCCGGGCGAAAUUAAACAAAGAAAGAAGAAGAAAAACGAAGAAUCCAUCAAUCGGGCUUUAUCUUUCACGCCGUAAGAAGUUUUUCGUAUCACAAUUUAUACGCUCCAUGGAAAUCGAGGUAUCUAGCUCGACUCGUUUAGAUAGUAUUCGUGUCCAGAGGAAGACGUUGCAGAACUUGCUGGACGAUUGCCAAAGAGCUCUCCACCUUCUAAAUCUCUCCGAUGAUGUGUAUAAUAGCGACCGCGUUGGCCAACAUAGUGGCUCACCGGAUAAGGAAGAAGAAGAAGAGCUGUCUUCUUCUUCCGAUUCAGGAGAUCCUGACGCAGAUAAAUUGUAUGAUGUCAUCAAAUCUAGAGUUGAAUGUUAUGACUUUCGAGAUAGGUUAGAGUUAGCCCAGGCUUCAGUUCUCCAAAACGUUGCUGCUGAAGAAGAUGGUAGCUCUUGGGAUGUAGUUAGUGAAGAUGAUUUAAUAUCGGGGGGUAUGGAAGAUGAUGAUUAUGUGGUCCUUAGGGAAGAAGAUAUAACUGAUGCUAUUGCUUCUUUCAUGGUUACUUAUUUAUCUUCCCUUGACCAGACUAAGGAUAUAUCACCUGAUCAGCUUCAGAAAGCACUUAGCACCAUGUUUUCUGUGAAGAAGAGAAAGGGGAAGCUUCGUAAAGCAUGGGAAGGUAGUAAAGUUAUUUACAACCUAGCUUCAUGGGGCGCCACUGCCAUUGGGAUAUAUCAAAACCCGAUGAUCUUGAGUAUUGCAUCUAAAGCCUUCUGGGUGUCUUGCAAGGCUAUAUCAAAGCUCGUCUGAAUUGAACCACACAUCUCUCACUCACAGGGUGGUAUAGUAUGGUGCUCCUCAUAUUAGUUACAACAAUGUGUUUCUUAUAUCAUUUAAUUUAUAUCUUUACACCUUGCCAUUGUGUGUAUCCUUCCUUUCUUCUCUACUAUGUUAUCAACAACAUUGCAAUGUUAAAGU